GCGCCUGCGCAGUGCGCUAGGUUGUCAGUCAGGUAAAGGGCUGGUAAGCCCUUGGCAGAGAGCAGUGCUGUCAUGACUGAGGGCACGUGUCUGCGGCGUCGUGGGGGACCCUAUAAAACUGAGCCCGCCACCGAUCUCACCCGCUGGCGGCUCCGCAAUGAGUUGGGUCGGCAGAGAUGGACGUAUUAUCAAGCGGAGGAAGACCCUGGUCGAGAACAGACCGGGCUAGAGGCCCACUCUUUGGGACUGGACACAAGGAGUUAUUUCACAGACUUACCUAAAGCGCAAACAGCCCGAGAGGGAGCCCUGAAUGGAGUAACCUUUUAUGCCAAGCUGCAGGCUGAGGAUGGACACUGGGCUGGUGAUUAUGGUGGUCCACUCUUCCUCUUACCAGGUCUCCUGAUUACAUGUCACAUAUCAUGCAUCCCUCUGCCAGCUGGGUACAAAGAGGAGAUGGUACGGUACCUGCGGUCAGUGCAGCUCCCUGAUGGCGGCUGGGGGUUGCACAUUGAGGACAAGUCCACAGUGUUUGGGACCGCCCUGAACUAUGUGGCUCUCAGAAUCCUGGGUGUUGGGCCUGAUGACCCUGACGUAGUGCGCGCUCGGAACAUUCUUCACAAAAAAGGUGGUGCAGUGGGCAUCCCUUCCUGGGGGAAGUUCUGGCUGGCUGUCCUGAAUGUGUAUAGCUGGGAAGGACUCAAUACCCUCUUCCCUGAGAUGUGGCUGUUUCCUGAAUGGUUCCCUGCGCACCCCUCCACUCUCUGGUGUCACUGCCGGCAGGUCUAUCUUCCCAUGAGCUACUGCUACGCCACUCGGCUAAGUGCCUCAGAGGACCCACUGGUUCAGAGCCUCCGCCAGGAACUCUAUGUGGAGGAUUAUGCCAGCAUCGAUUGGCCAGCACAGAAGAACAACGUGUCCCCCGAUGACCUGUACACGCCACACAGCUGGCUGCUGCGUGUGGUGUAUGGAGUCCUCAACCUCUAUGAACGUUUCCAUAGUACCAGCCUGCGGCAGUGGGCCAUCCAGAUGCUGUAUGAACACAUUGUAGCUGAUGAUCGCUUCACUAAAUGCAUCAGCAUUGGCCCGAUCUCAAAAACCAUCAACAUGCUUGUUCGUUGGUCAGUGGAUGGCCCAUCCUCCCCUGCCUUCCAGGAGCACGUCUCUAGGAUCAAGGAUUACCUUUGGCUGGGCCUCGAUGGCAUGAAAAUGCAGGGCACCAAUGGAUCACAGAUCUGGGACACUGCAUUUGCUAUCCAAGCAAUGUUGGAGGCACGUGCACACCACAGACCUGAGUUUCUGCCCUGCCUGCAGAAGGCUCACGAGUUCCUGCGGCUCUCACAGAUCCCAGACAACUUCCCUGACUAUCAGAAGUACUAUCGCCAUAUGCACAAGGGCGGCUUCUCCUUCAGCACACUGGACUGUGGCUGGAUCGUUGCUGACUGUACAGCCGAGGCUUUGAAGGCCGUGCUGCUCCUGCAGAAUCAGUGUCCCUCAAUCACCGAGCACAUCCCCCGAGAGCGGCUUUGCGACGCUGUGGCAGUGUUGUUAAGCAUGAGGAAUUCUGAUGGAGGAUUUGCUACCUAUGAGACUAAGCGUGGGGGACACUUGCUGGAGAUGUUGAACCCCUCAGAGGUCUUUGGAGACAUCAUGAUCGACUACACGUAUGUAGAGUGUACCUCUGCAGUGAUGCAGGCACUGAAGCACUUCCAUGAAUGCUUCCCAGACCACAGGACAGAAGAGAUCAGGGAGACCCUCAAUCAAGGCCUGGAUUUAUGCCGAAAGAAGCAGAGAGCUGAUGGCUCCUGGGAGGGCUCCUGGGGGGUUUGUUUCACCUACGGCACCUGGUUUGGCUUGGAAGCAUUCGCUUGCAUGGGGCAUACCUACCAAGACGGGGCUGCUUGUGCAGAAGUAACUCAGGCCUGCAACUUCCUCCUGUCCCGGCAGAUGGCGGAUGGAGGCUGGGGGGAGGACUUUGAGUCCUGUGAACAGCGGCGGUAUGUGCAGAGUGCCAGGUCCCAGGUCCACAGUACAUGCUGGGCCCUGAUGAGUUUGAUGGCUGUCAGGCAUCCAGACAUCACCGCUCAGGAGAGAGGAAUCAGAUGUCUGCUAGGGAAGCAGCUCCCCAAUGGAGACUGGCCUCAGGAGAACAUCUCUGGGGUCUUCAACAAGUCCUGUGCCAUCAGCUACACAAGUUACAGAAAUAUCUUCCCCAUCUGGACCCUGGGCCGCUUCUCCAACCUACACUGGGCUGACGGCCCAGUUGUAACGAACAUCGGCUGCUCUUUCAGAGGACCUGGAUUUGAUUCCCAGCACCCACCUGGUGGCUAACAACACGUAACUCCAGUUCUCAGGGACCCAGUGUCGUCUUCUGGCUGCUGUGGGCACUGCACACAUGGUACAUAGACAUAUAUACACUCAUAACACCUAUCCACAUAAAACAAAUCUUGAAAAUAAAAUACUAAAAACAAAACAACUCCUCUUCCCGAGACAUUUCAUCCUGGAGUAUCCUGAGUCUGUGUGGCAAGGAGCCAGACGUAGCAUCCAAUUCUGCCCUAGAUUAUAAGCUUAUACACAUCUCACUGGUUUCUGGGAUUCCAGCAUCCUGAUGUCCAGGCUUCUCAUUCUUCUUGCUGAGAUAGAAAAGCACAGAUGGGAAGCCAUUAGGGUAGAUAGCGGUUGUAGCAGUUCCUGCCAGGGGACAGCACUGGAGUGAGGACAGCUGGUCACAUUAGCUCACCAGUUAGCCCACCGAGCCAGCCAGGAAAAUGCCCAUGACACCCAAAGACCAUUAUCAGCCCUUAUGCUGACUGUGCUUUGAGUCCAAGUGAGGACCAGAUUUCUGAGGCAAUCCUUGGGUGUGAGCUCUAAGUUUCUAAUUCUAACUGUGUGUCUGGCCAGCAUGCAGGCAGAGUUCAUGGUAGAACCCAUGUGUCUCCUUGAAGUUGCUCCUUUUCUCCCUGGCCAUGGUGAGCAGGGAUCAGCUGGAUUCCCCUUUCAUGUUCCACACCCCUGGUGCUUUCUACACUGGUAGCUCCAACCUCUCCUUGGCCCAUCAUCUUCCCUUGGACAAGCAGAGAGCUGUGUCAGAUCCUCUUCUCCCUGGGCAGGACCCUCUAGGGCAGCCCUUUGUCAUGGUGCAGGUUCCCUGAGGCUUUGUGCUGUCUGCCUCCUGCCUGGCUCCCACCAUCAGCACCUUGUGUUGUGACUCACUGGGCUUUCCUGCCUUAGAUCAUGGCCUGUGCUGUGAACAGCACUGACUUCUAGUCUCUGCUGGGAAUCACUGUACCAGAUCACUGUACAUUUGCAGGACCAGUCCCCUUAACAAACAGACAGCUGGUGAAACCUGCUUUAGGCUGUAGCGGGUCAUGCUGCAGAGUUCUCAGGAUGUGCUGGAUUACCAGCCCCAGUUUAGGGAGUUCUCUGGGCACCAUGGGGAGUUGGUGGGGGACACUCACCAGAUAACUGUCCAGAAGAAGUUCUUAAGGAUUCUUGACAUGAAAGUUUUAGCUUGUCAGGGAUAAUUUGGAAUGUGCUGAUGGCUUCUCCUAUGAUAGAGUCGUAGCAGAUUUCCUCUGUUAUCUGUGACGUGAACCUCAACACUCUGCUUUGAGGGAUUCUUUAGUAAGAAAUGUUGACAUUAUCCCCCCACCCCCCGCGAAGCAGUUUUUCUCUGUAGUACUUACUAUAUGACAUGAUCCUCACCAUAUAGUCCAGGAUAGCCUCAAGCCCAAGGAUACUAUGUAGUCCAGGAUAGCCUCAAGCUCGAGGGUAGUCCUCCUGCCUCUACCUCCUGAGUGCUGGGAUUACAGAAGUGUGUUACCAUCCCCUGCUGGAGGCCUUGAUGGCUAUGGCUCUCUGACAAAGUAUUUUUUCUUCUAAGAUAUGACUUAUUGCUAAGUAGGAUUAAAUUUAGUAAGAUGUUUUUCUUUUCUUUUUUUUAAAUAAAUUUUUGCUGGAUGCUGUUUUCUCAUUUUCUGUUUUAACAAAUACAACUGUAUGGUGAUAUAUAGUUAAUCAACUUGAUUAUUUUUAAUUAGUUAACUAAUUAAUUGGUUUGAGA